AAAAAAAUUGACAAAGGAUUGACAAACACCAUUAGCUGAAAUUUUCCAUUUCAUUGCAACUAUGCAUUGUUUACUUUACUGUAAAUAUCUUAAUACAUCAUCCUCUGAAUAUGCUGGCAGACAGACUGGAGCACUGUGAUUUCAAUUAAGGUAUUAAGUCAUGAUGCAGGAAUCUGCAACAGAGACAAUAAGCAACAGUUCAAUGAAUCAAAAUGGAAUGAGCACUCUAAGCAGCCAAUUAGAUGCUGGCAACAGAGAUGGAAGAUCAAGUGGUGACAUGUGCAGUGAAGUAAGCACAGUAGAACUGCUGCAUCUGCAACAACAGCAGGCUCUUCAGGCAGCAAGGCAACUUCUUUUACAGCAACAAACAAGUGGACUUAAGUCUCCAAAGAGCAGCGAAAAACAAAGACCACUGCAGGUGCCUGUUUCAGUGGCCAUGAUGACUCCCCAGGUGAUCACCCCUCAGCAAAUGCAACAGAUACUUCAGCAGCAAGUACUGUCUCCGCAGCAGCUCCAGGCACUCCUCCAGCAGCAGCAAGCCGUUAUGUUACAGCAGCAACAACUGCAAGAGUUUUACAAGAAGCAGCAAGAGCAGUUACAUCUUCAGCUUUUGCAGCAGCAGCAACAGCAGCAGCAACAGCAGCAGCAGCAACAGCAGCAGCAACAGCAGCAACAACAGCAGCAGCAACAGCAACAACAGCAGCAACAACAACAACAAACACAACAACAACCACCACCACCGACACACCCAGGAAAACAAGCAAAAGAGCAGCAGCAACAGCUAGCAGCCCAACAGCUUGUCUUCCAGCAGCAGCUCCUUCAAAUGCAGCAACUGCAGCAACAACAACAUCUACUCAAUCUUCAACGGCAGGGACUCAUUUCCAUCCCGCCAAGCCAGUCAGCUCUUCCAGUCCAGUCCCUACCACAAGCUGGUUUAAGCCCUGCGGAGAUUCAGCAGUUGUGGAAAGAGGUUACUGGAGUUCACAGUAUGGAAGACAAUGGCAUUAAACAUGGAGGGCUAGACCUCACUACUAACAAUUCCUCUUCUACUACCUCCUCCACCACUUCCAAAGCAUCACCACCAAUAACUCAUCAUUCCUUAGUGAAUGGACAGUCUUCAGUGCUAAAUUCAAGACGAGACAGCUCAUCACUUGAAGAGACUGGGGCUACACAUACCCUCUAUGGUCAUGGUGUCUGCAAAUGGCCGGGCUGUGAAAACAUCUGUGAAGAUUUUGGACAAUUUUUAAAGCACCUUAACAAUGAGCACGCAUUGGAUGACAGAAGUACAGCUCAAUGCAGAGUACAAAUGCAAGUAGUUCAGCAGUUGGAAAUUCAGCUUUCUAAAGAGCGUGAACGACUUCAAGCAAUGAUGACCCACUUGCACAUGCGACCCUCAGAGCCCAAGCCAUCUCCAAAACCUCUAAACCUGGUGUCCAGUGUCACCAUGUCUAAAAACAUGUUGGACACAUCCCCUCAAAGCUUACCUCAAACCCCAACCACGCCAACCGCACCUGUCACUCCAAUUACCCAGGGACCCUCUGUAAUCACAUCGGCCAGUGUACCUAAUGUUGGAGCCAUUCGAAGAAGACACUCUGACAAAUAUAAUAUACCUAUGUCCUCAGAAAUUGCCCCAAACUACGAGUUUUAUAAAAAUGCUGAUGUCCGGCCCCCAUUUACAUAUGCAACUCUCAUAAGGCAGGCUAUCAUGGAAUCAAGUGACAGGCAGUUAACACUUAAUGAAAUUUACAGCUGGUUUACACGGACGUUUGCUUACUUCAGGCGUAAUGCAGCAACUUGGAAGAAUGCUGUACGUCACAAUCUCAGCCUGCACAAAUGUUUUGUUCGAGUGGAGAAUGUUAAAGGGGCUGUAUGGACAGUAGAUGAAGCAGAAUAUCAGAAAAGAAGGUCACAGAAAAUCACUGGUAGUCCAACAUUAGUUAAAAACAUACCUACCAGCCUUGGCUACGGUGCAGCUCUCAAUGCAAGUUUACAGGCCGCUCUGGCAGAAAGCAGUUUACCUUUACUGAGUAACCCAGGUUUGAUAAACAAUGCAUCUACUGGCUUACUACAGGCUGUGCACGAAGACCUCAAUGGUUCACUGGAUCACAUCGACAGCAAUGGAAACAGCAGUCCAGGCUGCUCCCCACAACCACACAUACAUUCUGUACAUGUCAAAGAAGAGCCAGUGAUUGCAGAUGACGAGGACUGCCCAAUGUCAUUGGUCACAACAGCUAAUCACAGUCCAGAUUUGGAAGAAGACAGAGAGCUUGAGGAUGAGCCCUUGUCUGAAGAUCUGGAAUAAAAAACAGACUUAAGAGACCUCAUAUGAAGGGACAUUGCACUGACCUUCAAAACCACUCCACAACCAUGAAUAUUUGACAGAUUUUUACUGUGACUAUUUAUUACGCAUGGAUUAUGGAGACAGUCCUAGAGGAACUUGUUCAACCAGUCCUUUUGGAUUUAAUGCAACAAAGAAUCUGCUUGCUGUCUUCUUUUUUUAAGACAAAAACUGAUUUUCUUGAAAAAAAACAAAAACAAAAACUUUUCUUUAUAUAAUGGCUUGCCCAUUUAAAAUAUGGCUUAAAAGGUUCAUGAAAUGACUGAAAAUGAGGAAACUUGUUCUGUAGAAAGAAAAUGGCCUCAUAUACUGCCAAAAAUAGUGUUAGUUUCAUCAAUGUGAAUCUCAAACAUACAGUAGAUGUAAUGUUAGAAACUGUUCCCGGCCAAGUUCAACUUGUUGCUAUUUUUUUUUUAUUUGCACAGGAGUAGGAUCAGAAGUUUGUAAU